AAGUUUCUGUCUCUGAGUCAGUGAGGAGAAGUUCUGUCACAGUCAACCUGUCUGGCCUCUACAAAGGUGGAUGAGAGUCCUGUGAGAGCACACAAGCAAAGCUUCUCCUGGAAUAAAUCAUCUGACAUCUGAUCCUUUUCAUUAGCUGUGUUAUUUCUGCCGCCCUGGAAACCAUGCAAGGACUCGAACAGAACACCAUAGCAGUUGUUCCUGGAGGAGCUCAGCCCUUAGAGAAGUCUGUUAUGAAAUCACAAAUAUGGAAGGAGAACAGAGAGAAAUUCUUGAAGGGGGAACCCAAAGUCCUUGGAGCUUUGCAAGUCAUGAUUGCCCUCAUAAACCUCAGCUUAGGAAUAAUAAUUAUGAUAAAUAUACCAGUUGAUGGACCAGUCUUUUCAGUGACCUUACUGGUCCCAAUUUGGGGACCAAUAAUGUUCCUUAUCUCAGGAUCCUUGUCAAUUGCAGCAGGAGUGGAAACUACAAAAGGCCUGGUCAUCAGCAGUCUAACUCUGAACACUAUCAACUCUGUGUUGACUAUGGCAGCAAGCAUUAUUGCUGUCAUCAGUGUGGUUGUGGGUAUAUUUUCUCCCCGUUUUAAUAAUAAUCCAGUCAUCAAUGCUUUGGAUAUUUUGAUGUUAAUUUUAAAUCUGCUAGAAUUCUGCAUUGCUGUGUCCGUAUCUGCUUUUGGAUGUAAAGCUUCCUGUUGUAACUCCAGAGAGGUUCUUGUAGUGCUACCAUCACAUCCUGCUGUGACAGUGACAGCACCCCCCACGACAUUUCAACCAUUGCUACCAUCAGAACACCAAGGGAAACAUGUUCCAGAAAAUCUAUACAAGAGCCACCCUGGAGAAAGGGUCUACUUUUGAUGUGUGUUUGUGUGUAGUGUGUGUGUGUGUGUGUGUGUGUGUGUGUGUGUGUGUGUGUGUGUGUGUAUGUGUGUGAUUUCCCUGGGAAAUUAAAACUUCAUUACAAUGGGUUUGGGGAGCAUUAUCAGACAUGCUGAAAGUAUGUACAUCAAGCACUUACUAGAUCAAAAAAAUUAACAUCUUACAUUCAUUGGAUGCACAAAGGGCAUUGAAUUGGCAGAGACAAUUUGAAUACAAAUUGAAAAAAAGCCCUGUGUUAGUGAAGUUAGGUCCCCAAAGAGUGAAGAGUGAAGUUUUGCUAAAUGAGUAGAUUUAGCUGCUCAUGACCAGGAACAGACACAUCGACUAUGUAAGACAACACGUAUCUGUUAAAAUUGAUAACAACCAAUUUUCAUUUCUAUGUGCAUGCUCAUCAUAUAAUAACAUAGUGUGUAUUUUAAUUGAUAUAUUGAAAAAUCACAAUAAAGAGAAGUGAUUUAAAUCAGAAUACCUGAUCCUUAAAUACACACAUAUUUGUACAUCUAUGUGCAUGUGUUUAUUUAUAUAAAUGUAGUGCAUGUCUCUGUAUAUUCAUAGUAUAUGAAUAUACACUAUGUGUGGAUAUGGAGAUAAUAGAGAGUUCAAUUACACAUAUCUGUAUAUAUUAAAUAUGACCUAAAAAUAUCACUUAUUAUUCCGCAUUGAAGCUGUAAUCUCAUCUACAGGCACACAUGUUUGAGCACUUGGUUCCAAGUACUGCCAUUCUUUUGAAAGAUUGCUGAAUCUUUCAGAUAUGAGGCCUAACUUGUAAAAUUAAGUCACUAAAGCUUGGCUUUGAGGGUUGCAUUGCCUUCCAUUUUAAUGUUCACAUUACAUUUCUAGUUAAAAGCAAUGUCCAAAGACUUGGCUAUCAGGCUAAAUUUCCUGAAGAUAAAUAACUGUCAGUAUAUUCUUAGAUAAAUUGAUUCUAUGUAUGUGUCAAACCUGUACUAAUUUGGCAUAGCAUGGUUUAAAUUAUUUGCAUAUUACCAAGCAGCCAGGGCACAUCUGCUGCUCUCGAUGUGCUCCAGGAGCCAAAACCUUACCAAAACCAUAAGAAUGCUGCUAUUUCAUUACUUAUUAUCUUAAAUUAACUUUUAAUGUAAAUAAAUAAAGACAAUUCUCAGAACUAAAACAUUAAAAACAUAACAAAUGGAAUUGGAGAGAUGGCUCAGCAGUUCAGAGCACUUGUUGCUCUUGGACAGGACCUGGUUUCAGUUCCCAGAACCCACAUUGUAGCUCACAACAAUCCUAACUCAGGUUCCAGUCCUCUUCUGACUUUCACAGGCAUAGGCCCACAAGCUGUGCACAUACACACAUCAUACAAAAAAACACAUAAAAUGCAAAGAAUACAUGUAAAGAACAUUAAAAAACUACAUAAGACAAAAGUACAAAGCAAAUGGUUCAAGACAAAUGCCAAAAAGAAAAUGAUUGAUCAAUGAUUGUUUUAUUUCAAAUAAAACAAAAGCAACACCAAACCAAACAAACAACAUUUUCCCUCUUUGGGGUUCCUCAAACAGCCACCCGUAGAGUGAGACAAGCCCACGGCAGUGCUUCCUGUUGGUAAUGGGUCACACUCAGAAAGAUUGCAGUAAUUUGCUCAGUUCUUAGUUUCCUUCCAUGCAUUUCUUUCUAUGUUCUUUGUGUGCUGUUGUUUCCUUGUUGGGUUCUCAGCUAUGGAUGGGAUGCCUCAGUCAGUGUGGAGAGUGGGUGUGGCGGCCAUCCCAGGAUGGUGCCCAGGCUGGCUGCCAGGUCGCAUGACUCAACCCUGCAUCCUGUUGUUCCCCUUUAAGAGUCAUGCACUGGAAAAGUGUGCAUGCACCCUUUGACGUCAUAUCAGGCCACUCUGAGGCCAUCAUCUCGAUCCUAUCAUGAGCCCCUUUGUGGUGGUCGCUGAUUGGUGCAGGCUUAGAUAUAACUGGGGCAGUGGGCUAGGAUCAGGGGUUUCCUGAUGUAAGGUUUCCUGAAUAAACUGCUUUGAGAAGA